GAGCCGAGCCGAGCCGAACCGGGUGUCGGCGCAGCGCGCGGCUUGCGCCAUGUCGCACCAGACCGGCAUCCAAGCUAGUGGAAACCUUAAGGACACCUUUGUUGGAGCCAGAAAUGGACAAUACAGACUUUUAAAAAUAGUCAUUGAAAAUGAACAGCUUGUUGUGGGAUCCUCUAGGCAGCCGGCUGGAUCGUGGGAGAAGGAUUACGACACCUUUGUUCUUCCCCUCCUGGAGGACAAGCAGCCCUGCUAUGUUCUGUACAGGUUAGACUCUCAGAAUGCUCAAGGAUACGAGUGGAUCUUCAUCGCGUGGUCCCCCGAUCACUCCCCGGUUCGUCAAAAAAUGUUGUAUGCGGCAACCCGGGCAACACUUAAGAAAGAAUUUGGAGGUGGCCAUAUUAAGGAUGAAGUAUUUGGGACAGUUCAGGAUGAUGUUUCACUGCAUGGCUAUAAAAAAUACUUGAUAUCACAGUCUUCCCCUGCGCCUCUGACUGCAGCAGAAGAGGAACUUCGGCAAAUUAAGAUCAAUGAGGUGCAGACGGAUGUUGGCAUAGACACCAAGCAUCAGACGCUGCAGGGAGUGGCCUUCCCCAUUGCUGGAGAAGCUCUUCAGGCGCUGGAGAAAUUGAGAAACAAGCAGCUCAAUUAUGUGCAACUGCAAAUCGAUAUGAAAAAUGAAACUAUUAUUUUGGCCAACACCCUUCAUACUGAACUUAAGGACUUGCCAAAAAGAAUUCCAAAGGAUUCUGCGCGUUACCACUUUUUCCUCUAUAAGCACACCCACGAAGGGGACUAUUUGGAAUCCAUAGUUUUCAUCUACUCGAUGCCAGGAUACACCUGUAGUAUACGCGAGCGGAUGCUGUACUCGAGUUGCAAAAGCCCCCUGUUAGAAAUUGUGGAGAGACAGCUGUGGAUGCAGAUAAUUAGAAAAAUUGAAAUAGAUAAUGGUGAUGAGCUAACUGCUGACUUCCUUUAUGAAGAGGUUCAUCCAAAACAACACGCACACAAACAGAGCUUUGCUAAACCGAAAGGUCCCGCUGGGAAAAGAGGAAUUCGGAGACUGAUCAGAGGUCCUGCAGAGACUGAAACACCUUCUGAUUAAAAGCUGUUGUUUGCACUAUCAGUAAGAUACUACGGCGAGAAACAAAAUUGUGGUUUUUGUUAAUGAACUGAAAUCAUCCCGUAGAUGGUAGGAGAAAAAACUUUUUCUACUCUUCCCCCUCCUCAUGACAGCACCACGUAGACUUUCUGUUUACCAUGUUUGAUGACGUAUGGAAGAGGUGGAUAUUUCAGUACUAGAGACUAAACUGAUAUUACUUUACUUUAAAUUAGAAUCCAUUAUUUAAUAGCUAUACCUAUGAUCGUAACCUUCAUGGGCAGAAAUCUAUUACAGCCUUUUUAUUCCAUGGGUAGUUUCAUUGCUUGUCUAGGAGCAGAGCUGUGUUCAUCUGAGUCUAGCUGAAACCACUGGGACUUAUGUGACGAGCACUGCAGCGUUGUCCUAGGCAAGGCUUUAUUUUUCCCUUAUAGCUCUCAUGGAUGACACUACAAUAGAAGGCUUUCUUCUGAUUUUGAUGUGAUGCAUUAUUUGAUUUGGUUUUCUUAGUAGAAAAGUUGAUUUAAAAAUCUAUUAUUAAAAAAAAAAAAGAAAGAAAGAAAAAAGAUGCAGAAGAUGCAGAUGGUCAGGAAUGGGUGACAUUUCUUUCCUUGCUAAAAAUAAAUAAGUAAAUGAAUAAAUAAAGGCAUGAUCAUUCCAAAUGAAGCAAUUUUGUGGAAUUGUCUUUUACGGAAAUCUGAUUUAAACCACUACAGCUUUUCCAGACUUUGAUACUACUCCUAAGCCUUUUAUGUUAAGUACCAAACUAUCAAGUAAAAUGUAAUUACAAGUGCGUGAGUCAGGAAACUUGAUAGAUUAUGGAGCUGCUUCAAAGCAAUAUACUUAAAUGUUUCUAUAAAAGCUGAUUACCUGGACACUUGGAUCUAAAACUAAAUUCGGUUAAAAAAAAAAAAAAACUUGCUCCAUGAUGCUGAGUUAUUCUUGAUUUCAGAUUCUUUUCUGUUGCAUUUACAGUAUCUAAUGGAAUUUGAUACAUUCAAGAUGAUCUAAAAAUGAUUUUCUGAAUGUUUGAACUUUAAUAGUAACUUAAAUCUGUAUCAAAAGAUUCAGAUUUAGGUAACUAGGUCUUGAAAAAACAGCUGGCAGCACCUGGCUACUGUUUUGUCCUUUUGAUUUUUUUUUCUUCUUCUCUACAGACUAAAAUCAGAAGAGUAUGAAUUUGAUUAAACACAGUUUAAUCUGUUUAAUAGGAAUAAGAAAAUAGAUGCAUUUUACAAAUAGACAAAAGAAGAAUUAGAUGUGAAAAUCACAUACUGAAUGAGUUGAAAUAUUUAAAAUUAUAGAGGCAGGUAUCUAGUGGAGAAAGUAUAUUCCCCAGAGGGAACUUGGUUUUUGGUGUUCUGCAUGUGGGUUUUGUGCUUUUUGAUUUCUAGAGCCAUGUGAAUUGCAAGUCUUGGUUUACUGCAUAAUAUUAUCAUAAAUUGUGGUUGUUUGCAUUACGAAGGUGCGUCACAUUAUUCUUACCUGAUGGAAGGUGUAUUUUAACCUGCUCCUUAGGGACGUAAUACCUUGACAGUACGAGUACCUGGCAAAAUUCCUGUCAUUUCACUUGGAGAUGCUGACAUGUUAUCAACCCUUUGGAGACUGCACUGUAUAAUGUGAAGACUGUAUAGUUUUUGGUUUCACUGCUUUCUGUUCUUCAUCUGCAGUAGAAAUUUUACAUCUUGGCUGUUUUUAUUUUAUCUUAUACACUAUGUGAAUCCCAUUCAGCAGCUCUUUACCCUUGGAGCAUCUCCGUGUUCUCAGUGGUACCAUAUCCAGGGCAUCACAGACUGGUUGAGGUUGGAAGGGACCCUUGGAGAGCAUCUAGUCCAACCCCACCACAUUCCACCAGGGACACACUCCUUUCCUGCCUCUCCCCAUAGGGUUCUACCUAUGACCAGUCAGGCAGAUAUCACUGUCUUUUAAACAUAGUUAGCUCACUCCACACUGCAGAUAAGGGCACUUUCAGUUUACGACAGAAUCAUUUUGGCACUUUUUUUUUUUUUUGAUUUAUUGAGGUUAGUAAAGGUUAUUAAGGUUAUGAUAAGGUUAAUGGCCGACCAUAGCAGUUAAAAAUCACUGCUAGGGAGCUUGUUUGAAUCCAGUAUUCCUGGCCCUGUGCACACCUGCCCUGGCUGACACUUUUACAUUUGUUUUUUGCAACCAGUAGACUGAGUAAAGAAGUCAGGUUUUUAAUACUAAAUGUUCUGGAAAAUGAACAGCUUGACAUGCUAUAGAUAUGUGCGUUUAUUUAUAUUUUUUUCCCUCUAAAUUCUGUUCAAGGCUUAUUUGACCAUAAACAGUUUUUGAUGAGUUGAGCCUAAACUGGACCUUUGAAGAUACCUUAUCUUGCAAUAUUUUCAAAAUUAUUCAAAUUAUUCAAAUUCAAAAUUAUUCAAAUAUAUUGCCAAUGUCUGUUCACAGUUGCCCCUGACCACCCUCCCAAGUAGUGUCCUGAGCACAUUUCCUCCUCCUGUCUCCCCUAAAAGAACCACUGCUGCACCAGCCUCCUCUCCCACGUGAGGUGGUGCCUCCCUGCGCUGCUCCCCACAAAGCAAUAAGAAGCACCUCAUCUUCUUGCAAGAUGCCUCACGUUGACGGCUGCUCAGCUGCCUCACGUUCCUCUCCACCUGCUCGCUGUUA